ACAUUAACAGUGGGGCAAAGAAAGGGGAAGAGCAGCAGCAGCGUUCUGGACGGGUGGAAAAUCAGCGCUGGAGAGGGUUAAGAGGAGGAGUUGGACAAAGACAAGACAGCGUGGAGAAGCUUUCAGAGACUAACUGGAGAAGAAGAAGGAAAAAAAGCGAAUCGGGAACGUCUGCUUUGCUGAAAGAGUUAUGCGUGACAGAUGAAACGAGGACAGAGGGAGGGAACGAAAGUGUGAGCCAGGAUUCAAAAGGGGGGGAAGACUUUGCUCUGCUUGGAGCUUCAUAUGGACUUUGACAACUCCAAAGAUCUCAAGAAACUCAAAUGUCUGGAUCCAUAAUGGACAUUUGAAGAAAAGAAAUAGUAGGAAAUCAAAUUCCUUUUCUGGGAAUGCAAAAAGUGAGGAUUAAAAAGUCAGGGAGAACACGAUGUCGACGUCCUCAUCAGAAAACAAUCCCGAGGAUGUCAACCAUCGCAGCUUCUGGAUGCCUGGGAACUAUCAUCCCACCGUGAAGCGCACAGAAGAUUCCUUCCAGGCCUGCAACGACAUCGUGGCGUGUUUCCAGGAGAGAGCCCGCGUGGAGAGGCAGUACGCCCAGCAGCUCGACGAAUGGAGCAACAAGUGGAAACCAGUCGUGGACUCCAGUCCUCUGUAUGGGUCGCUGCUGAAGGCUUGGCAGUGCUUCCUGUCGUCUGCCGACCGGCUGGCCUCGUUACACGCCUCCAUCUGUCGCUCCCUGGUGUCGGAAGACGCAGACCGGGUCAGAACCUGGCAGAAGGACACCUUUCACAAGAAGUUAUUUGGAGGCUUCAAGGAGUCCCAGGACAUUGAGACCGGGUUUGCACGCGCUCAGAAGCCCUGGGCGAAACGGCUUAAGAAGCUGGACAAAGCUAGGAGGGCGUACCAUAAGGUGAGCCGUAAGGAGCACGCCACUAAGGAGAGAGACUUUCACGCUCAGGGAAACCCAGAUGUUUCUAUUGACAAGCAGAAAAAGAUCCAAGAGGAGCGAGAACUGGCUCAGCAGGAGGCCGAGAAGGUCCGCGCUCGCUAUGAGAAAGUCCUGGAGGAGGUGAACCGCUACGUUCCUCGCUACAUGGAGGAGAUGGAGUCCGUUUUCGACCAAUCCCAGGACGAGGAGCGGAGGAGGAUCGUGUUCCUCAAAGAAGCCCUCCUGUCCAUCCACAAACACCUGGACGUCACCACCAACGAGAGUGUUGUUGCCGUGUACAGUGAGCUGCACAACACCCUGAUGGGCAUCGACGACCAAGAGGACCUCCGCUGGUGGAAAAACACUCACGGACCCGGCAUGCCGACCGACUGGCCUCAUUUCCAGGAUUAUUCACCCGAGAAGAAAAGCAAAAAGGGGAAGAAGAAGGUGGAAAAGAAAGGAACAAUAGAGAAGAGUGUGAUGAUUGGCGGCGUGAAAGUGAGAGCUCUGUACGAUUAUGUUGGUCAGGAGACGGAUGAACUCUCCUUUAAAGCAGGUGAGGAGUUUCUGAAGAUCGAGGAUGAGGACGAUCAGGGUUGGUGUCGGGGAAAGAAGGACGAAGGCUGGGAGGGGCUUUACCCAGCGAACUACGUAGAGGUCGUAUAGUUUCCACAAACAGGAUGGAUAUGGGUAAAAAACCCGGUGCUGCGUCUGGUUCUGAUCAGAAACAUUUAAAAAAUCCAUUAAAGAUUAAAACCGAGAUGUUUUCCAAACACGAAAACCUUUUUGACCUAUUUUGACAAACAGAUUUUACGUUUUCUUUAACCUCCUGAAGAAUUUUAAUGAAUGUUUUAAGACAAAAAUACAAGCAAGCGAUCCCUUUAUGUAACCAUGACAACUAUAUGCUGGAGUAUAAAGUCACGCUAAUGUUUGGCAUUGAAGCUACAAUACAAGACUGAGAUUUUAUUUUAUUUUUUUCAUGUUGCUUUUAAAACUCAAGCAGCUGCAGAAGUGAAGGUGAAAAUCGUUACAAAUGUUUGCAGCCUCCAGGUAAAAUAAACACAGAGCUCUUCAAUGAAGUGACACUAAAAAUGUCUUAAUUUGUCUGUUUUAAUACUUACAGUGAGUUUCACCUCCACUUUUCCACUUCGCUGCUUGAAAGGGAACAAUCACAUAAACCAGAGUCAAUUAUUGCAGCUUCUCUCUGCUUUUCGGAGCUUUAUAUGAACUCUGAUCGCUUUAUUUCUCCAUAACGUCUCCAGAUCAGCAGCCACGGCAGAUUUCUACAGUAAUCUGAGGAAUAAUUACAAACAUUUUUAUGUUUCCAAAGACUUUUAGGAGAAAAUAAACUAAAUUUAUGCAAAGAUGCUGUUCAGCCUUCUUCUUCAUACAUGGUGUUAUUCUGUCUGCUAUAAUAAAUUACACUUUUGGACUAAAUCCUAAUUAAUGGCGACACAUUGUGGUUUUCUGCACUUGGAGUUAAUCACAUGUUCCAAAGGGAGUUUAGAUCUUUCUUGACAUAAAUCAGAAAUUUAAACAUCUGAAUCUUUUAGAAGCUUUAUUGUGCAUUCUGUCCUUGCACUUCCAGCAGAAUAUGUUGGUUUUCUUGGAUUACAUUUUCUUAGGUUUCUGCAGGAACACCCCCACUGUUCUGAUAAAAAAUCUCCUUCAGUGCAGCUAAACAUUUCAGCACGAAAGUUUUAAAGAUCUGAGAGUCUUUUCUAGAAGGAACUUCAUUCAUGUUUGUCUUUAAUGCCGAUUAAUUGGGAUUAAUCAAUUACAUAUUAAUCGUCAACAUUCAAAAAAGGUCAUUUACUGAAAAAACAAACACUCACAGCAGUAAUUAACCCAAAACUGUACAAAAUAUAUAAACAUUUUGCACAUAAGAUUAAAAACAACUUUGUCUGUAAAUGCGUUUUACCCAAAACUCCUCAUAGUUUUAGCUUCACUCGGUUCAAAUUCACUAAGAGAUUGUUGUAUUAUUGCAUUUUAGGCAAUAAAAUCUCUUUCUUUAUUUAAUCAGUGAGUUGAAUUGUUUAUUCAUUUCUACUAUUGGAUAAAAAAGAUUUAAGUUGUUUAAUAAAAAUCUGUAGACUGUUCCAUUUUUAAAACCAGAAGAAUCAUCAGAAUAAUCGAUUACUAAAAUAACCGUUAGUUACAGGCCUAAUUGCAAUCAAACAAAUCAGCCUAAGUGCUAAUAGUGACCUGUGUUGUCUACUGCUGCUUUGACCUUAAUUAAAUCAAAUUAAAUUAGCGAAACUCAACAUUUCUGCAUCGCCUCGACUGUAAUGCAAGUCGAGUGAAAAGCCAAAUUAAACGUUUUGAUCUUUGUUGCCAUGUUAAAAGUGUAGAUGAAACCUGAAGCUCAGGCUCUCUGGACUAUUUUCAACCAUGAACAGUAAAGUUUGACGUUCAGUCUUCAAAUUGCUCCAACAACCCGGCAGGACCUGCUUAACCAUCACCGCUUAUCUUCGUAGAAAAGAAGCUGAAUGUGUCGCCUACUGUCUGCAAACAGUUAAUCGUCGCCAUGACAUCAGAUUAACGGCCAUAUUUCUGGCUUUUUCUUCACUGCAAAAACGCAAAAUAUUACCAAGUAUUUUAGAUAUUUUGGUAUCAAGUGGAGGCCAAACGUUGAAAGCAUUUCAUUUUAUUUAAUUUUUUUAAUUGGUAAAAAUUGGAGACAGGACUUUGUAUUAUUUCUCAUCAGGAGUGGAUUUGGUCAUGUACUCUGCAAAAACACAUAAUCUUACCAAGUAUUUUUGUUCUGGCUUUUCAUCCAAAUCUCUUAGUAUGCUUGAAAGAAGACAAUAAACUCACAAGUAACUUUUCAGCAAGAUAUAAGAGAUUGUUUAAAAUCAAUAAUUCCAUAAUAUCAAUGAAAAUACAUUUAAUUGGCAGAUUAUUUAACUUAUAACAAGACAUUUCUCUCGUGUUAUAAAUGAAAUAAUCUGCCAAUUGAACUAGUGCUUUUUAAUCAAUACUAAGGUUUUUUUUAUUAAAACAAGCUCAUUUAUUGCUCAAAAGUUACUUGUGAGUUUCGUAUUUCUCGUUUAAGAGAUUUGCACUAGUAAAAUACUUUAAGAUUUUUUCUUUUUCUUUUUUUUUACAGUGUUAAAGAUUAAGAUAACAUUUCAGACUUUCUGUAAAACGGAACAAUCUUUACCAAAGUAAGGAAAUGCCUUUCAUUAAAAGCUUCCUUUGCCUUGCUUAGCUACUCCUCUCUAUAUAUAUAUACAUGUUUGUACUUUUAUCUGUGUCAUGUGAGAAUUAUACAUUUGUAAACUCUUCGUGUCUUUUGGAAAUAAACUCCGAUGCUAAAAACAG